UCACUCUACAACCAUCCAUGGCGGAUUCCAAGGUCGAAACCAUUUCCCGUUUAGCUCAAUGGAGAAUCGAGAAUUUCGGACCCUGUUCCUACAAGAAAUCCGAACCUUUCAAGCUCGGAAUUUGGAACUGGUACAUGUCCAUAGAGAGAAACAGGUACCUGUAUAUCCAUAUUUUCCCAGAGCCUUCAAAGCUUUCUAAGGAGCAACCACCUGUGGCUCGUUUCAUUCUUCGUGUCUCCAGCACUGGCUCCACCCGUAGAUUUUAUAUUUCUCCUGUUCAUGAAAGGGUGCUUAGAACAAGUGAGGACUUUGUCUGGCCUGUGGAUACAACAUUCCUUGGUCGCUUCAUCAUUGAUGUUGAAUUUCUUGACCUGAAAAUCUACCCUACGAGUGGUGGAGUAGCCGGUUCCAUAUGGCCAUCUGACGGAAAACUGCAAUCUGUUGCAUCUCAAAGCGCUCUCCGAUGCCUCUCCCGCAUGCUUGACGAGGAAAUACACGCUGACCUCACCAUUGUCACCGCAGAUGGUACACUGAGAGCCCAUAAGGCAGUUUUGUCUGCAAGCUCCCCUGUGUUUGAGGGCUUGUAUCAUCAUCAAGACGUCGUUGAUGAUGAAAAAGAGACCUCUACAAUCCACAUGGAAGACAUGUCACAACAAUCCUGCAAGGCCCUUCUGAGCUACUUGUACGGCACAAUAAAACAUGAAGAUUUCUGGAAGCACAGGCUUGCGUUGCUCGGAGCAGCCAAUAAAUUCGAAAUUGGUGAUCUCAAAGAUGCUUGUGAGGAAAGCCUGCUGGAUGAUCUUACCUCAGGAAAUGUUCUCAGCAGGCUAAAUGAGGCUUGGCUGUACCAGUUGCCCAAGUUAAAGAAAGGAUGUUUCACAUUCUUAUUUGACUUUGGCAAGAUAUAUGAUGUUAGAGAGGAAAUAAACAACUUUUUUCUCCUUGCGGAGAGGGAGCUGAUGAUGGAGAUGUUUCAGGAAGUGCUUACUGUUUGGAAAUAGUUUACCAUAGAACUCUUGGCUCCCCUGUAUCUUGCAAAUGAUGGAUCUGUUUGUAUAAAUCAUGUUUUUAAUUUGUAGUACAAUAUAAAAUGUAUAAUAUAUAUACUGUAAUGUAGAUAAUGCUACCAUAUUUAACAAUCUAGCGGUUAAAGUGUCAAAUGAAGGAGAGUGCAUUGUUCUAUAUAUAAUGGCAAGUUGAUUUUGAUUGGUUAUUCUA